AAGAAAAUGAGCUUAUUGGGAUUAGUCCGGUUAUUAGUUCUAUCAACCUUGUCUUGGCUGAUUAUUCUCGAGUUGUUGAUAUUUUAUAAGACCACUACAUUUACGGAUCUGGUCGAAUUUAUUCAACAGCCAUAUAAGGAGACCGUAAAUGCCUAUGAUGUUGGUCUGCGGAGUGAACACUGGGACGAUGUUCGGAUAGCCAGACUCCUUCAAAAGCAGGUUCGCAUUCAUUGCCUAGUUUAUAUGGACCGUUCGGACUUCAAGAGUGGAUCUCAGAAAGCUGUGCAUGUUAGAAAUAGUUGGGGUCGUCGAUGCAAUCGUCUGACCAUCAUCAACAAAAGGGGGAUUACUCUGCUGAAAGCAUAUCGUCAGACUUAUGUGAAGUUUCAUGAUGAACUCGACUGGCUGCUGGUCGUUUACCUGGACUCGUACGUAAUUAUGGAGAAUCUGCGUUAUAUGCUGGCGCAGUAUCCAUCAUCUGAGGAGAUAUACUUCAGCGCGCAGCAUGACUCUUAUAUUUAUGCCCAUGUGGGCCAGGUAUCCACCACCGACUACAUAUUCAGUCACGACGCGCUGGAGCAUCUAGCCACAAGGAAUUGCCUGCAAAAUGAGUUCUUUUUCAGGGAGUGCUUGAAAAGAAUACGAAAGGGACCCAGCGAACGUCUUCUAUCACUUGACAUCCCAGGAGAGGUAAUCCCGUUCAGCCUGCGUGAUGAUUUCUGGCUUUGGCCCUGCGCUUUCCGAGCUGUCUACAACAAUCAGAGCAUGGAGAGCUGUUUUGGAGGAGCAAUAAUAUACCCGUAUUGCUGCGCCAUUCAAAUGCAUAUCCUUGAGUUUUUCCUCUAUCACCUGCGACCUUAUGGACACUUAAGUCCUCUGGCAGAACUAAGAUCUGCAAAUUUUCCAAUAGCGAUAGCCCAUAGGCCAUUAAAUGAUCAGCUGGCAAGGCAUUUGUAUCGGUCGGUUAAGAUAAUAUGCCUGGUACUGACCUGGCCAAAGAAGUACAAGAGUGCUGUCAAGGCAAUUAGCGAGACUUGGGGUCGCCACUGCAACCGAGUGGUAUACUAUGGCAGCUCUUAUAAAACCAUUUUACCUGAAGUUGAGACUGUUGGCCUGAACGUCAGCGAUACUCGCAGUAAUCUAUGGGGUAAGACAAAGGAAGCUUUUCGCCAUUCUUAUAAAACUUAUGGCCACGAGGCGGACUGGUUUUUCAAGGCUGAUGACGAUACCUAUGCCGUGAUGGAGAAUAUGCGUAAACUGCUCCAGCCCUACUCCUCUGACACACCCAUAUACUUCGGCUCUCCAUUUAAGUUAAAAGACACCCUCUACAUGUCCGGAGGUGCUGGCUAUGUGCUAAGCAAGAAGGCUGUGAAGUUGUUGGUUCUUCAUGCAGAUGAGAAGUGCAAGGCAGGAGUUGAAGGCACUGAGGACUAUCAAAUGGGCCGUUGUCUAAGACUAUUGAAUGUGCACGCUGGUGAUUCCAGAGACCUCUUUGGCCGCCAUCGGUUUUUCUCACUUUCCCUGGGCCACUUUAUCAUACCUGGAUAUGAUGAUGAAGGCUUUUGGCUGUCAGAUUAUCUUUAUCAAGCAAUUGGAGAGGGCAUGCAGUGUUGUUCGACCUAUUCGAUUUCUAUGCACAACGUGUCGCCUUACCAAAUGCACUUUCUAGAAACCAUUUUAUAUAAAAACCGCCCAUACGGAGUUAUUGCUGGACAUCCUCCCUCAAGAAGCUCAAGAAAAAAAGGACUGGGGAAGCAGCAGUAUAGUUUAUAA